AUGCUUGGCUCCACAACCGCUGAAAAUCUUGCUUGCACGGAUGAAGUCAAAGUUUACGAAGACGAAGGCGAGGAAGAGGAGCAGCAGAAGUCAUCAGAAAAUUUGACCGAGGACAAAGUGCGUUUGGUUAUCGAGAGUGAAACGCAGGUGAGUAGGGGAUGUGUCCCGGCAGUUUUAGAAUUCUGGCACCUAUAUUCUGCGAUUUAUUUUUUAUUGUUAAAUAGUUAUUCAACAACGAUUGUAUAA